CGGUAAAUCGCAAGAAAACAAAAUGGCGCGCAUGUUGGGAAGUUGCAGAAGUUUGUGGAGCGUUUUCGAGUUUAGAAAUGCUGUUUUAUGCGCACGAAAUGGAACAGUGACAUUGCAAACUCAUCAAAAGCACGAUUUGACAGAUAAAAUUCAAAAUAUCAGCAUAGAUCCGGAACGACUUAAAGAAAUUGAUGAAUCACCAAGUGGAUGGGUUCCGCCCUCAGAAAAAGUACCUGAUCUUCCAUUUUCAAUCAGGAGAUCUAAAAUGAAUAAUCUUCCAGUAUAUACAGACUUCAAAGGUGGAGGAACAAGACAUAUCACCAUUAUUAGAAGGAUUAAAGGGGAUCUCAAAGCAGUUGAAGAAUUAUUAAGAGCUAAACUUGAUAAAGAUCUCAUUAUUCAGCUGAAUGAAUUAACAGGACAAGUCAAGAUUAAAGGCAAUCACAAGGACAAAGUUGUAACACUGAUGAAAGAGCUAGGAUUUUAAAUUGUAAAAGAAUUUUGUUUGUGAAUAAAAACUCAGUUAUGAAGAGUUUGAACAUGAAUACAUCACAUGAUGAUGACGGCAUUAUAGAUGAUCCAUAAUG